AUGGUUAGCUUAGUCGCAGGUGGAGUUAUUGCAGCUUUAGCAUUCACCGGAGCUAAUUAUGGUGGUAGAUAUCUGGAUAGAUUAGUUAGCGGUGAUAAAAACGCAGAAUCUAACGCCGAAAGGAAAAGGCACGACUUAGCGCUGGAGAAAUAUCAAAGGGAUGUGGAGGCUUGGAAUAAGAAGAGACAAGCCUACAGGGAUUGGUUGGAUAAGAAUUACCAAGACAAGAUGCAGGCGGAUAAGAACUUCGAAAACACAGACUACGCCUUUAAGCUCUAUGCGAAAGCGCAUCCUACAGUGGCGUUAAAGAAGCCUGACUUUAAUAAUUACUACCAGCCUUCUAAGAAACAAAAAGAUAACACUGUAGAAAACCGAACUCCUACUAUUGGAUUUGAGGAAAAAAUCUAUUCAAAUGCAGAUUGUGGCUUGUUUGACUCGGUGUUAAUGGCUUACAACUGGCAUUUCAAUCUGAGAACCUCGCCAGACGAUUGGUGGUUUUGUGUCAUACGAAGGGUUGCUUUGUCAAUAGACGAGAACUCGAAAAAUGAGGCKGUUCGUAAGAGGUUUGUCGAGCACGAAGGCAAGAAAGAACUGACUGUGGUUGAUGUCAGUGUAGAGAAUAUCUAUGACGUUGACUAUCCCUAUUUCUUCGAUUCCAUGUCAACUUUAGUGUCACGCAACGUCAAGAUACCCGAAUACGUGGAUUGCGUGACAGCUAAUUUUACAACUUCAACACCUGUCAAGAAAAUCGUCUCUCAGAUUACAAUGAUGUCUUCAGUACAAGAGUAUUUUGAGUACAAUAUGUGUAUAGGCUGUGGGAUUCCGGCUAUUGAAAUGACAGGAACAGAAAGGGACUGGAGACAGCUUUUGUCAAAGUUAAAGGACUUGAGAUCCUUGUUGCAGCCAAUAGAAAAAGAGCUAGGUCUCAAAGAAAAAUGGUGGGCACUUGUCCAGAAGGUAUUCACCAACCUGCUGCAGACAUACCUCGGAAGACCUGACAAAGCGUGGUGGGGUCACAUCUUGACUUAUAAUUCUCAAAAUGGUUCAGGCAGGGCUUUUUCAAUGAAUGAUGAUCCCUCUGGGUAUUCCGGCUGGAUAGUUGAGCUUCUUGAGGGGAAAGUAGGUUUAGAAGUAGGCCAGUUUAACAGCGGCAUUGUCACAAUACCUUUGACUAUCACUUCCCCUGAUGGCAUGUCUGAUAAGGCUGCACUAGUUUCUGGUAUGGUGGGUUAUACUGUUCAUGGUGGGAUAGGGAACAAAAGAGUAUCCAUUGAACCCUUUCAGGGAUGGUCACUGUUGCUGAAUAAGGAUUCACCUUUUCGCCAACGAAAACCAAAAAACCGAAGAAAAGAAUUCUAA